AUGGAAAACAGUACUUAUCCCCUUUAUUUUAACCUCACCAUGUUUGUGAACAUAGGCAACUACCGCUACCCGACAUUUGUCCUGUGUCUCCUGUUGUACGCUUGCAUCAUCUUAGCUAAUCUUGUCAUAAUAGUGGUGAUAUCACGAGAGAAAACUUUGCACGAGCCGAUGUAUAUUUUUAUCAUGUGUCUUUCUAUUAACUCUCUGUACGGCUCUGCUGGCUUCUUCUUCAGAUUUCUGAGAGACCUUCUGUACGAUACUCAUUUGAUCCCACGAUCAGCUUGUUUUACUCAGAUCUAUGUCAUUUACACUUAUGCAUCCUAUGAGCUCACCCUUUUAAGCAUUAUGGCCUAUGAUCGGUACGUUGCUGUAUGUCAACCUUUACAUUACCACAGCAAAAUAACCUCCAAGAUGGUCUCUAAGUUAGUUGCCUUUGCGUGUAUCUAUCCAGUCUUGGCUGUUGCUAUUUGUCUUUAUCUGUCCUCCAGACUUCCAUUGUGUGGCAAUAAGAUACCUAAGGUCUACUGUGCCAACUGGCCCGUUGUAAAAUUGUCAUGUGUCAGUACCGUGAUGAAUAACCUCGUCGGCAUGUUUAUGACCGUGAGCACAGUCUUUCUGCCCCUGGCGUUUGUCCUGUAUACAUACGUGCGAAUUUUUCUCAUUUGUGGGAAGCGCUCCUCGGAGUUCAAGAGCAAAGUCAUACAAAGCUGUUUGCCACACAUUGUUACCUUCGUCAGUUACUCCAUUGCCAUGUUUUGUGAUAUUGCUCUCAGCAGAAUUAAUCUUGCGGAGCUGAAUCCAUUUCUGGCAAUAAUGUUAUCACUUGAGUUUGUUGUGAUUCCUCCCAUUGUGAAUCCUCUUGUGUAUGGCCUGAAGUUACCACAAAUUAGAAAGUGUAUUUUAAGUAUGUUGUCAUGCUCAAAACCUAACUGGCAAACCGCAAGAAUAAGAACAGCCCUGCAGUGCUGUGAGGGAGUGCCUCAGCAGGUCAACUACUUGAUCGACAAGGCUCACUGUAUCAGCAAGGGCUCCAAUGCGGUCAUCGACUACCUGCACCAUUUUUUCUCCCAGUACAGACUCGGGGAGAAACACGUCCAGCUGCACUGUGACAACUGCUCUGUGACAACUGCUCUGUGA